AUGACGUUUGGCUUGGCAAACUCGCCUGCUACCUUUCAACUUUUGAUGGCCUCGGUUUUACAGGAUUUAUGCCCAACCGCGUGUUUGGUCUACCUGGACGAUGUCAUCGUACACUGGUCUACCGACGAGUCCCACCUUGAUAACCUGCAAACCGUCUUUAACCGUCUACAGACCGUAGGCCUUAAAGUGAACCCGGCUAAAUGCUGUUUUCUCAAAAAGUCUGUUCCUUUCUUGGGUCACAUCGUCUCAACUAAAGGGGUAAAGACGGAUCCUGCGAAGACAGAGCAAAUACGCAGUUGGCCGCAACCGACGUCAGUUUCCGAGUUGCGCGGUUUCCUCGGUCUGGCCUCCUAUUAUUGCCGGUUCAUUAAAGAUUUUGCACACAUAGCUGCACCCCUUAAUCGUCUCACUAGCAAGCAGAACGCAUUUAACUGGUCCGACGAGUGUGAGCGUUCCUUUGAGGAACUCAAACGGCGGUUGAUCUCCCCUCCCCUGUUGGCCUUUCCCAACAUAUCCGAGUCAGACCCACUUUUCAUCUUGGACACUGAUGCAUCAGAUGUAGCCAUUGGGGCGGUCUUGUCUCAACAGCAAACCGAUGGAUUGGAACAUCCCCUCAUUCUUGCCAGUCAGACGCUCACCAAGCCUGAGCGUAACUACUCUACCACUCACAAGGAGCUUCUAGCCGUCGUCACCUUUGUCAAGAAAUUCCAUCACUAUCUCGCCGGCAAACGGUUCAUUUUACGCACGGACCACCAGGCGCUGCGCUGGUUGGAAAACUUCAAGGAUCCGACCGGUCAACUCGCUCGCUGGCAGGCAGACCUCUUGGAAUAUUCUUACACUGUCAUCCAUCGGGCCGGUAAAAAGCACCAGAAUGCCGAUGCCUUAUCUCGCCGAGCACAAACAUCACCACCGGCCGCAACAUACGCCCAGCAACUGCGAUUACGUUUGGCACUCCCGACCACUCAGGGUGGGCUUCGGCUCAAGCUUCAGAUCCCUAUAUAUCUCUUAUCUAUGAUCGGUUGCGUCAGGGUGCGCCAAAACCGUCAAGCGAAGAAACGAAGGACUCCAGCUGGGAAGCUCGCUACCUUUGGCCAGCGUGGAACAGCCUUCGCCUCUGUGACGGCGUGCUUUUUCUUCAAUAUUCUCCCACCGACCCCCGUCGUUUGGUUUUGCCGCAUGAUGCGAUCCAUCCCACACUUUCCCUUCUUCAUGUUGAUCUGGGACACGCUGGUCAAGCUCGUACAGACACCGCCGCGCGUCAGCGUUUCUGGUGCCCGAAUCAACGGCGGAUCAUUCAGGACAUUUGUAACACGUGCCCUGUAUGUGCCGAAGUCAAAAAUCCCAACCCUACACAACGCGCACCACUGCAGCCCAUUCAGGUGGGUUAGCCGAAUGAAAUUGUUGACGUCGAUCUGAUGGGUCCUAUGCCCCCUUCCCCCAGCGGAAAUCGUUAUAUCUUAGUUUAAGUCGACUUUUUCACCAAGUGGUAUGAAGCCGUACUCCUUCCACAAGCCGACGCCAUCACCGCCGCUAAGGCCAUCCUUAGCGAGUGGAUCUGCCGCCAUGGGGUGCCUGAGCGGCUCUAUUCAGACCAGGGUGCUCAGUUCGAGUCCCGGCUGAUGGGAGAACACUGCGAACUUCUUCAUAUUGGUAAAUCUCGUUCUACCCCGUGGCACCCUCAAGGCAAUGGACAAGUAGAGCGCACGAAUCGGACUCUCAGAGGUUUGAUCCAAUCUUUCGUUAGCGGUUGCCCUGGUUCCUCUUGGGAUGUCGCCCUCCCUCAGUGCCUUCUUGCCUACCGUUCCGCCACGCACUCGUCAACGGGUCAUACGCCGUUUGCCCUUAUGUACGGCCGCGAAGUCCGUCUUCCACUGGACACUUCCUGUCCCCUCCCACUUCCGUCCCCAGAGCCUCCCCACGAGUUUGUGCGAAACCUCCGAGCUAACCUACACCGUACACACAAGCUUGCUCGCACCUAUCUCCCUACGGCCCAUCAGCGAUAAAAAGAGUACUAUGAUCGUCGUGCGCACGGUGCACCUUACAAACCUCGCGAUAAAGUAUUCUGGUUUCGGGAUAGGUUGCCUCCUGGGUCAGCCGACAAGUUCUCCACGCAUUGGAUAGGGCCUUUCGUUGUUGUGGAAGUCCCUUCAGAAGCUCUUUGUAUCCUCAGGGCCUCUGAUGAUUCAGAGGGUCCCACCUUUGCAUCUCACUUCAACAAGCUCAAACAAUACGCCCUAAAUGAUGGCUCUUGCGGCCCUGUCCCUUCGGAGUUACCUUCAUUCCCCUCCGCGGAGCUGCCGCACCCUCCCAUGGAUCCCUCUUCAAUCGUCUCCGUCCCCACUUCUCCUCCCUACGUCCCCCACUCUCCCCAGUCCUCCGCCCCCGUUAGUUUCUCGAACUGUGGAAGUCCCUCCCGAAGGUGGUUUCGGCAUUCCGCUCGACGACCUUAUCCCCGAUGGGACAUCGGUCCGACAGGAGGGGACAGUGUGAUGGAAAACUCGCCAUGA